AUCAUCUUCUAGCUUAAACUGUGGAUUACGAACUUUUUGUGAUUGGAGAUUAGUAACAUGAGUAUGGUAAUUACAGUAGUUAUGAUAGGCUAUAGGUAAAAGUUAAGGUAUAGAUUGGUUCUUAUGUGUUAAGAUGCUCAGCAAAGAAAAGUAUAUAAUGCAUUGUAACCAAAAUUAGACGGUCUUCAGGCUUGUCUGCAGCUGGAGAUGACAGCUGUAGGCACAGGCUCUGUUAGCCACGACCCUGGGCUGCUGUAACAUCUUGGAUAAAAUAAACUGCAUUUUCAAGAGCCGCCUGGAGUCCUUCAUCUGUCAUUCAGGCUCUUAGUAAGAAGAACUUUUAAAAAAAAAGUCGUUGAGUUUGGUCUUUUCGUUGCUUUUCCUGGAUCCCAAGGCUCCUUGAUGAGACUAGAAAGCUGUCCCUGAAUGAUUUUCUGUGUUUGUGUCAGAGCUGUUGCAUUCCCAUGUUUGCCCUUUCUCCUCUGAAAUGUACUGAGCACUGUACUGAGCGUGUUCCUCUAGAGAAGGACUGCCACCCCAUCUAGAAUAACUGCUUGUUUGGAUGAUGUCUGUGGUGCAUGAAAUACUCAGAAAGCCUCCCUCACAGUGAGAUAUACUGGAGUGAUACAGUUUAAUGUUGUAAAUUGCUGUAAGUGGGUUUAGAGACUGAAAAAUAUGUGUUAGACUGAAAGAGAGCAUGCUAGUUCAUUUGUGGAGACAGAAUUCUUUUAGACAGUUUUUUUUUUCCGAGAAAGCCCUCUCAAGACUUUUCAAAAUUCGGCGAGUAACUGUCGCACUGUGUCCCUUGACUGAAGCAGUGUUGGGUGGGUACAGUGCCAGAGCGUGGAGAUGCAGCCGGGAGAGUGUUCAUUGUCAUACCCGUGAUGUCACCAUCGCCCUAUCCCUGUGCGGUUUCUCCUGCUGAGGGAUGCGACUUUGUCCUCCUGGUCUGAGAGUGCUCUUCAGACUGCCCUGGUUGCCGCCGCGUUCCGUUCGUGCCCCGGCUGUCUCGGUGCGUUCGGGAUCGCGGGCCGGGCCGAGCGGCAGCGCGGGCUGCGGGCGGCGGCGGCUGCAGUCCCAGCGCGCACCGCUGGGUGGUGCCCUCGGCCAAGGCGGCGCCGAGCGGCUGCGGCAGCGGAGGCGGCCGAGCCCGGAGCGGCGCAGCCCGAGCGAGCUGAGCCCAGCGCAGCCAGACAGACAGACAGGCUCGGCGCAGCGCAGACUGACAGACAGACAGGCUCGGCGCAGCGCACACUGACAGACAGACAGGCUCAGCGCAGCGCAGACUGACAGACAGACAGGCUCGGCCCAGCGCAGACUGACAGACACACAGGCUCGGCCCAGCGCAGACUGACAGACAGGCUCGGCUCAGCCCAGCCCAGCUCAUCUCAGCUUAGAAGAGCUCCGCGCAGCCGGGCGGAGGUGGCAGCGGCUGCGGCAGCGAGCGCUGCCCCGUGUCAGCCGCUGCCGGGACACCCCGGCUGCGUUACGGCCGCCGGCCGGAAGCUCCGACAGCGAGGGAAGGCGCCCGCCCCGCACUUGGCCGCUUUCCGCGGGGAAUCGCCCGGCACACCCGCCACACCGACACCGACACCGACCCCGGCCGCCGCCGCCGCCGCCGCGCCAUGGCGCUCGCAAGGCAAGUGCUUUGUCUCUGUGCUUUCGUGUCGCUGCCGCUCGCUCGCGCCGAGCCCAUCCGCUACUCCGUAGCCGAGGAGGCGCCGAGCGGCUCCCUGGUGGGCAAGCUGGCGGAGGACGCGCGGCUGACGCCGGCGCAGCUCUCGGCUCGCCGCGCCCGCCUGCUCUCGGAGGACGGCCGGCAGCAUUUCGCCUUAGAGCGCGCCUCCGGCCGCCUCGUCGUGGCGGGGAGGCUGGACCGCGAGCAGCUGUGCGCCCAGUCCGCCACCUGCAUGCUCCCCUUCGAGCUGCUGCUCGACAACCCCCUGCAGUUCUUUCGGGUCGAGGUGACUCUGCAGGACAUCAAUGACCAUUCGCCUGUUUUCCGAGAAGAUCGAGUCACUUUUAGGAUCCCUGAAACGAGCGAGCCUGGGUCUCGUUUCCCUCUGGAGGUUGCUCGGGACCUUGAUAUAGGCAGCAACACAGUCCAGGCGUACAGCAUUGCUCCCGAGAAUGAGUAUUUCAGUGUCUCCUUUGGUGCUGGGAUUACAGGCAAGAAGUAUCUUGAACUUGUCUUGGAGAGGUCACUAGACAGAGAGGAGCAGGCAGAGAUGAGUUUCAGUGUUAUGGCUGUAGAUGGGGGCUCUCCUCCAAGAAGUGGAACCACUCAAGUUAAAAUUGUCAUUCUGGAUGCAAAUGACAAUGCUCCCAUCUUCACACAGGAGGAGUACAUUGGAAGGGUUUUGGAGAACAUGCCGGAGGGCUCUGUGGUUCUGACUGUGCUGGCAACUGAUCCGGAUGCAGGAGUUAAUGGGCAAAUUUCUUAUCAACUCAGUGAAGUGGUUGAUCAGAGCGAGUCAGCAUUUGUGAUUGAUCCCAUGACUGGGGAAAUCAAACUCACUAAACCUCUGGACUUUGAGGCAUCAGAAAGUCAUGAGCUCAGUGUGAAAGCCACAGAUGGAGGAGGCCUUUCAGCAAUCUGCAAGGUGCUGGUGGAGGUGGUGGAUGUGAAUGACAAUGCCCCAGAGGUGGUGGUCAGCUCGUUCAGCAGUCCCCUCCCCGAGAACACAGAGCCCGGCACAGUGGUUGCCCUGUUUACGGUCAGGGACCGGGAUUCCGGUGCCAACGGGAAGAUCUCCUGUGCCCUGGAGGAUCAGCUCUUCUUCUCGCUGCGGCCAGCCUAUAAGAAUUACUAUGAGCUGGUGACGGUGAGCGCGCUGGACCGCGAGGAGACGCCUCGGUACGUCCUCAGUGUCACGGCAGCGGAUGCGGGCUCGCCUCCUCUCACAAGCACGCAGAGCUUCACCGUGGACAUCUCGGAUGUCAAUGACAACGCGCCCGUCUUCAACCAGACCUCCUACACCAUGUACGUGCGUGAGAACAACGUGCCCACGGCGUUUGUUGGAGCCGUGAGCGCUGCAGACGCCGACGUGGGGCUCAACGCCAAGGUGACCUAUUCCCUGGCACCAGAGGCAGGCGCAGAGCGGCCCUCGUGCUCCUGCAUCUCUGUGAACUCGGAGAAGGGACACGUGUUUGUGCUGCGGCCCCUGGACUACGAGCGCCUGCGGCAGACCGAGGUGACGGUCAGUGCCUCUGACGCGGGCUCUCCUCCGCUCAGAGCCAACGUCACCGUCCGCCUUGUGGUGCUGGACGAGAACGACAACGCCCCGCUGGUGCUCUACCCAGCCCAGGAGAGCGGCCCAGCCUCCAGUGAGCUGGUGCCCGUGUCGGCUGAGGCGGGCUACCUCGUCAGCAAAGUGGUGGCCGUCGAUGCCGACUCGGGCCAGAACUCCUGGCUCUCGUACCACCUGCUGAGGGCCACCGAGCCGGGGCUGUUUUCCGUGGGCGCCCAGAGCGGGGAGGUGCGUCUGAGGAGGCCGGUGACGGAGAGGGACAGCGUGAGGCAGCAGCUCGUUGUGCUGGUCAGGGACAACGGCAAGCCCCCGCUGUCGGCCACGGCAGCUCUGAGCGCUCUCCUGCUCAAGGACUUGUCGGACGUGCGCCUGCCGCACAGCAGCCCGGCCAGCGAGGAUCAGGGCGGCUCCCUGACCGCCUAUUUAAUCCUUGCCUUGGUCUUUGUCUCCCUGCUCUUCCUCAUCUCCACCGCAGUCUUGGUGGCUCGCAAGGCGUGCAGGAGCAAGGAGCUGAAGGCUGGCCACGUGCUUUAUGCUGCCGACACCUUGCAGAGCGGCCCGGCCGAUGCAGCCGCUGCAGGGACCCUGCCCCGCGCCUACUGCUACGAGCUCAGCCUCACAACGGGCUCGGGCAACAGCGAGUUCAAAUUCCUCAAGCCCAUCCUGCCCAGCCUGCCCCCGCAGCGCUGCGCCGUGGGCCAGGGCCCGCGUGAGGAGCAGGAUUUCCCCGGUGUCCCUGUCAGCACCGAGGACAUGGCCCCAGACAGUGCUGGGACUCUCUCUGCAGGACAGUUCAACGCUCUUUCCUUCAACUAGCCCAGGGUCUGCACAGACAGAGGCUUCUUGGCCCAUGGGAGGAGGGGAUCCAGGCUGCAGCAAGUGACAUUGGUACUUCUAGUCUAAAUAUUUGUUUUCAUUUGGUGUAAUCGACCUUCUGAAAAUUCUGAGUCAGAAUAAAAAUUUUCUGCCACUCCAAAACGCAAACAACAUACAAAAGAAACUUUGGUUCUCUCUCUGCGGUAAUAGUAUGUUUCAGCUGUUAUGGUGAUUUCUGGGAGGUUUUACAAACGGGUUAGCACUCCAGCUAUGCUGUUGUCUCCCUUUCUGUCCAACAAUACAGUGGAGAUUUUCUUCUGUCCUGUGGCACAAGGGCACACUUUGGCACACUAUGCCAGAUCUUCUUCUUAAAAUUUAGAAAACCCCUUUCCCAGCUCAGGAAAGCAAAUGUUUUGAGAGUACAGUGUCACAAUGUUGUGUGAGAGUUGGGCUCUUUCUCCCCUGGGCUCUGAAUGCCUCUGUCUGAGAUGCCUGGGUUCCAUGUGCUUCGGUUUCCUUUUGUCAGUCAGUGCAGCCACUGUGUGUCUGCAGAUGAUUCACUCGUGCUGCCUGGUGGAGUUGCUCCCAUCCAACCUCUGCAAUGCAGGCAAUUGCAGCUCAGCUGGCUAGAAAGUAUUCUGACCCUCUGAGUACCCUCUGAGAGGAGUGUCAUCCUCUCCAGGGCAGAGAAGAGCACUAAAAUGUAUGACAAAAUAUUACCUUUGCCCUAUAAAGCAGUGCUCAGUGUUCUAUCUCCUUGAAAUACAGAAAUAUAACAGCACAAAUGGUGUUUGGUUUACUACAGCCAUAGAAGUUUUUAAAACUGUUCAUUUCCUUUGGGAAUAUUUCAUGAAAACUCUGUAAGUCCUUCAAAGAGCAUUUUCUGAAGGGUAGAAUCAACAUGAAAUGGUAAAAAGGAGAUUGAUGCUGGUCUUCUUAUUGUUCCUGUGUACAGUGGUUUCUUGUUGGGAGUAGAAAGCUGUCCCCAUAUGAUUUUCUCCAUUUGUGUUAGAGCAUUUGCAUUCUCCUUUUUUGCCUUUCUCCUGCUACUCUCUGAACUGAGUUUGAGCAUUGUCUUUCUUUUUCUGCUUAAGGACUGCCACCCCACAUGUAAUAACUGAUUGCUUGAAUGAUGUCUUGGUGCACGGAAUAUUCAGGAAGCCUCACGCUGUGUUUUGUUAAAGUUAUAAAGUUUAAUAUUGUGAACUUGGAUACCCCUGACUGUAAAACUGAAGAAAAGAGAACAUCUGAAU